AUGGAGGGCGGUGGGGAUGCGCUGCCCGCGGACCUGCGGGAGCUGGCGGGCAAGGUGGGCCGCCGGCCGCCCGCCGGGCUGCUGCGGGGUCUCCGCGCCGAGCCCGCUCCCGCCCCGCCGUCCCCGCUGCCGGCUCCCGUUCGCGGCUCCCGUCCGCCGAUCGCCGAUCGCCUCCGUGCGCUCCGCUUGGAGCUGGCACACCUACGCGCAGUGGACGUGAAGAUCCUACAGCAGCUGGUGGCAGUCAACGAGGGCAUCGAGGCGGUGAAAUGGCUGCUGGAAGAGAAGAGCACACUGACCAGCCGCUGCAGCAGCCUGGCCAGCAGCCAGUACAGCCUGGCGGGCAGCCAGACGGCCUCGCGGCGGGGCAGCUGGGACAGCCUGCAGGAUCCCCCCGACAAGCUGGACAGCAUCUCCAUUGGCAGCUAUCUGGACACAUUGGCUGACGACAUGGAUGAGUAUUCUCAAAAUGCUGCCGAGCUCCCCAGAGCUCUGGGAAGGGCUGAGCAGGACUGGGGCAGGCUGGACCCUGAGAGGGGUUUCACGAAGCAGGAGAAGGGCAGAGCAGAGCAUGAAUGGCCCCACACAGAUCUCAGCCCGAAUCGGAGCUGCCCAGACCUGCAGCGCUUUGCUAAGGAGCCCCAGGUGGCCAAUGGCUACUCGGGCAAAGAGCCCAAAUCAGGGCCUGGGGAAAGGCUGGAGAAGGGGAAUGUGGGUGGGAAGGCUCGGAAACCUGAGGCCAACUUGGAGAACUGCAAACUCAACAGCGAACUGCACCUGGAGUACGAUGCCCACUGGCUCUGGCUGCAGUCCCAGGACGACGUGACAUUCUUGUAGCCCGUGGCUCUGUGUUCCCCGCACCGCCCGCUCUGCUUCAUUGGGCUCUGCUUGGGAUUGUGGUGUGGCUGGGAAUGGGAGCCGCUCCUACGUGUCCCAUUUGGUGGCACCAGCAUGUGCAGUGUGAGCCGUGGGGCAGGGCCAUGGGCUGGGCAUCUCAACUCAGCACUUCCGUUGUAUUUUUCCAGGCAGUGCCCACCAAGGGUAUAUGGAGUUGGGAGGAGCUGGGGCUUGGUUGGUGGUCAGUGUUGAAAGCUCUUCCUGGAGGUGAAGGUGGUUGAGAUGCCUCUGUGAAGCCACUCAGUGGGACAUGGAGCUCCAAGUUCCCUGGGUUUGUUUGAGGACUGUCCCACCAUGUGACCUGGUGUGGUGGAGUGGCCCAAGACACGUGGCUCCUCUGCUGGUGUGGAUCUGCAGCCUGGAGAUGUCCUCUCUGCCCUCUGAGCCUUGGCUUCUCACUGUGCCUUUGACUGCUUGCCCCCUAUGUACCCAGCACCCCCAGCUUGCAGAGCAUGGCUUGCACUGAGCUGUACACUCACUUGGGGCAGCAUCUGCGCCUUUCUUCGGAUGUUGCAGGGAAGGACAGUGGCAUUCCACAGCUUCAAGGAAGGGUUCUUUCACACACACGGAGCUGAAUCCUGGCUCUGCCCUUGUUGGUAUGGUGCCGUAUGGUUCAUCAUCCCUUGGAGCCAGUGGGAAACCACUACCUUCCUGGAGCGGCUGCAGGGUGAGAUGGAUGUGGCCAGGAGGGCGGUUGGAUGUACCUUGGCUGCACAUGCACUGCCCUCCAUUAGUGGGCAAGAGCAGAACAGUGCCCAAAUCAUGGGAGUGGCAUCUGCUGAGGACUUGGGGGCAUCCCAAAUCCGCCCCAUCCCACCUGCCUGCCAGCAGCUCAUGGCUCUAUGCAUGGCUACCAUGUCCCCAAGGCUUCGCUUCUAGCUCUGCAUGAGAGUCCCCGGGAGGAUAGGGUAAGUCCUCCAGUGCUGCUAAAAUUGCUGUCGGCAACAAUAGCUGUGGCUUAAUAAAUGGUAACUUUUCUCCAAGGCCACACUGUCGGUGCUUUGUUGGGUCUGCAGAGGUUUAGGGGCAGAAGAGAGCUGGAGCUGCCACCCCUGAGAACAAUAGCCUGUCCAAUGUGAGCAUGAGCCACUGAUCCAGACUCUUUAGCAAGGUAUGUUGUGAUAGGAUAAGAGGAAGCGGUUUCAACUAAAAGAAAGGAGAUUAAGACUGGAUAUAAGGAAAAAGUUUUUUACAAUAAGGACAGAGAAGCACUGGUACAG